AUGAUGGUGAUUCAAUUUUUAUCUUUAGUACAAGCAAAAAAAUUGAUUUCACAAGGAAAAUUUUUUUUCAAGACAAACUUGUGUUGGAAUCGCCUGUUAUCAUCAUCAUCAUCAUCAUCCUCUGGUUCUGGCGAUGAUCUAUCAUCGGACCAACCGGCAAUAUCACAACAACAAGUCAAGACUUCUGGUCUAAAAUUUCAAAAUGUGUUGAAUUAUUUGGAAAAAUCUGUUCGAUUGUUUGUCGGUGACGUUAAUAGUGAAGAAUAUCGAGAAUUCGAUCAGGCUUUAAGCAUAGUUCGUUCUAGUCUUGAAUCAAUGCCCGAAUUUCAUCAACGAAUCGACAAAAUCGAUGAUGGAACACUUGUUGAUUCACAAAAAUUAUUACGCGAUCGCUUUUUACAAAGUCGUUCGUCGAUUCUAGCCGAUGGAUCAAUUUCUUGUCUAAUAUAUCCUGACCUAGGUCUUUGGAAUAAAAUUUUACCUGAGAAAUUUUUACUUGAUUUUAUGGUCGCAACUAUAUUGGGCGCUUUAGACUAUCUAGAAAAUGGCGAAAAUCUUCACUAUUCUCGGGUGCCUUCAUUAGGACAUGAUUACAUUGAAGAAUCUAGGCCAUCUAAUCAACAACAAACGAAAACAAAUUAUAUUAUUAUAGCUUAUGGCUGGAAUCAUUAUCUUAUUGAUCUGGGACAAUUUGAAAAUUCUUACCAAGCCUUGUGGCAGAUUCUCAAAUUUUUAUUUGAACAAUCAUCCACGUCAAUGUUAAAAAAUCCUUUCCCUAUGGGUGUCUUAUCCACAUUGCCUCGAAAUGAUUGUAUGUACGGUUAUAAAUUUUUAAACCAAUCGGACCUGCAAAAACUUCGACAAUCAAAAUUAUUGAUUUCUAUCGAAAAACUCGAUAUGAUUCCUCAAGAAACGGACAAUGUAGAACGUGAUCAUCGUAUAGGUUUGAUGGCCAAACAGAUUCUAUUGUCAAAUGAAGAAAACAUUGGCAAUCGAUGGUACGAUAAAUCCUUACAAAUGGUAUUUGUAUUGAACAAAAAUUUCAAUCAACUUUAUUCACAUGGCCUUUGUUUUGAGCAAUCACAUGCUAAAAUUGAAUCCAUUCUACAAUUAAUGGAUCAUUCCAUUAAAUUUCUGACAAAAUUUAAGCCAAAAACCGAAGAAGAAUAUACAUCUCGAGAUAUACAAUUUAAAAAACUUCAAAUAUUUGAUUCCAAAUCCAAACGAUUAACCGAGAUCAUAAAUCAGGCUACAAAUCAUUUUGCAAUGGAAAAAUACUUGAAUAUCUGUUCAAAUCGAUAUUUUCAAUUGUCCAUGCUUCAGUUCGUUGAUUAUGGAUUAGAUAUGUUGGAAAAAGAAUUUCAAUUAUCUGCCGAGGAUUGGAUACAAAUUUCUUUCAAUUUUACCUUGUAUAAAUUAACUGGAAAUAUACGACCGUGUUAUCAACGUUUUUUACCAAACGGAGAUGGUGCAGAAAUCUGGUUUCAAUGUUUGAAUCAGGAAAUGUUAGACUUUUUCCAUGAACCGAAUGAUCGACAAAAAUUAUUACUAGCAUUGGAAUCGUUAAAAUUUCAUCGUGAAAUAUUAAUGCCUGAAGAUUCGUCUUCAAAAGAAUCCCAAAACAUUGAAUCUAUUCUUCUAGUCUAUCAAAAUUUAGCAAAACUUUCUUUUGGUUUAGACCUGAAUAAAUCAUAUCCAGAUUCAAUGAUGACCAAUAUAGACUCAUUAUUUAAAUUGAAAUCAAUAAGACGAUUACGACGAUCAACAGCUCAGAUAACUACAUUGAAACCUGCUCAAAAUUAUUAUGAUUGGCAUUUGGUUACUAAUGGCCAUUCAUAUUAUGAUCAUCGUAUCAAUUUAACCGCACAUUUAGCUUCUAAUCAAAUGCAUUUCACAUUGACAAUGUUACGCUGUGGCAGUGAACCACAAUUGCGUAAUAUUUCUGUAGAUAAGAUUUUGUAUGAAUUAGAUAGGUCAUUGAGGCAAAUAAAAAAUGUAUUUCAAAAUUAAUUUCCAAUUGCAACGGCUACAUUAGCAUUGACUAAACAGACGAAUACUGAAAUUCAAAAAAAAGUUGGAGGUGGAGGGGUUAACAUUUAUUACUUUGACUGUAUAAAUUUUUUCCCAUUUUUAUCGUAACUAUUUUCUAUGCUUCUUCUUCACUUCUCUGUUUUGA